ACACUUAGUCAGGAUGGCGCAGUUCCACUUGCUGGACCCUCACUACGACGAGCACCACAGGGGCCGUCUCACCGCAGAGGGAGAGGUGUUGCCCGUUCUGCGGGUCCGGACCCACGACCGGUUUCUGGAGGAGAUGAGGUACGAUGAGAGGUACACUCCUCUCCUACAGAGGGCUGGCUUGGACGUCUUAUCGUACCAGGUUCGCCGUGGGCUGCCCACUUUCAACCCAGCGGCGUUGACGGCUCUGGUCGACAGGUGGCGGCCAGAGACUCACACUUUCCACCUUCCCUGCGGCGAGAUGACUGUGACGCUUGAAGAUUGCCAGAAGAUUCUUGGUCUCAGCAUUAUUGGUCGUCCAGUGACCGUCUGA